UUUUUUCUUCGGAUUCUAGUUCAUCACAUUGCUACGCACGCACGCACAUUUAUCUUUGGAAGCGAUAUAAUUCUGCAUUCUUCGUGGAAAAUGGCUACCGCGGAUCUAACCAAGAGCCUCCUCGAUCUCGCUGCGUCAGUUCCCUCUAAUAUUAGCAACGAAGAGAGGGCGGCGCUGAUGUCGGCAUGCGAGAAAGCGAAAUCGGCUCUGGAAAAUCCAAUCGAGAAGACUAUUCGAUUCUUGUUUGGCGCUUUUGAGAGCGUAGCUCUGUGUCUCGGCGUCAACAUGAAGCUUCUUGAUCUCGGUGUUGCGGAAAAGGGUCCCAUUACUGCGGAGAAACUGGCGUCUGGUUCGGAUGCUGAUGUGCUGCUUGUUGUGCGCGUCAUGAGGAUUCUAGUGACGAUGGGGAUAUUUGAAGAAGUUGGUCACCAUACAUACGUUGCUACUCCAUCGGCAGGGAUAUGGGCCACUGGCUCCCCUUUCCGGGACGCAGUCAUACACGUCUCUUCCCAAAUCCCUCCCGUGACGAUGCUGCCCGAUUACUUCGAGGAAAAAGGCUACCACAACCCUACAGACGCCGAGGACAGCCCAUUCCAAUUCACACACAAGUCCAAAACGCAUUUCUUCGAGUGGUUGAGCCAACGACCCAGAAUCCAGGCGUCCUUCAACGCUACCAUGGAAAUCGCCCGCAACGGCCGCGGACAAGAGUGGUUCGAGUUCUACCCCGUCGAGGAAAAACUCGCUCUGUCAAACCCGGAUUCCUCGUCCAUCUUGUUAGUCGACAUCGGAGGGAACUUGGGCUACGAUCUCGUUAACUUCCAGAAAAAGUUCCCAACACUACCCGGUCGGCUAGUAGUCGAAGAUCUACCAUCUGUCAUUUCAUCGGUGAGAACGCUGCCGGAUGGUGUCGAGGGGGUUGGACACGAUUUCUUCUUGCCCCAGCCAUCCACUAUCAGUAACGCGAAGGCGUACUACCUCCGAAACGUCCUUCACGAUUGGCCAGACAAGCAGGCGAAGCAGAUCCUAGAGCAUAUUCGUCCUCUCUUGACUAAGGACUCUGUCCUUUUGAUCAACGAUAAUGCGAUUCCUGAAGAUAACGUGGGGUUCUAUCCCGCGGCGCUCGACUUGAUUAUGAUGGGCGUAUUUGCUUCUUUAGAAAGGACCGAGAAGCAGUUUGAACAGCUCCUCGAUGAGACUGGGUUCAAGCUGGUUGGUACGUGGAAGGCGAAGGACCAUGGACCUGGUUCUGGAACGCUUUUUGAGGCGGUGCUGAAAGAUUAG